AAUCUCAACAGUCUAGAUUUAGAAAGAAGAACUGAAUAAAUGAAUGUUUACUAUUAUUUCUGGCUUUAACUGCUGCGAAAACCCAAUUCGUUUUGACGAGUUUAUCACUUUGUCACGAAAAGAAAAAACCAAAAUUAUAAUCAAAAUUACCAUUCGAUUCAAAAAUAAAAACAUAUGCAAUUAUCAAUUCAUAUUCGUUACAAACAAAACCCACAAUUCAUUUAUUAUCGAACAAUAAUUCACCAUAACAAAACAAAAGAAGAAAGAAGAAGAAAAUAUGAAAACAUAUAAUAAGGAACCAGACGGCCCAUCCAAAGCACAUGUCCAAAUAUCAUCAAGUCGGUAUAGAACGAUCAGAUCUUACCAUUUCUCCAAAGAAAGAAAGAAAAAGAAAAACUAAAAUGUUAAUUUCCCAUUCUCUUGAUCAAAAACCCACAAACUCAUCGUGUUCUUUCAAAACCCUUUUGACAGAAUCCUUGAAUAUCUUCUCGAGAAACAAACACAUCUACUUCUUGCUUUUUACCCUCAUAACUCUCCCUCUCUCGUAUCUUCACUUUCAUCUUUCCCUCUCCUCUGACCCGCUAAAAUCCCAAAUCAUCCACCUUGAAUAUCUCGCCAGCCGCGCUCCGACCCGGUUUGAAGCGCGUCAAGUGUGGAAAGAGUCACGCGAGCUUGUCGUCUCUCUUCUCCACCUUAAACUACUAUAUUUCAUACCCACUUACAUUCUUUCUCUUCUCGCCGCUGUUGCUGUGAUUGCCGCCACGGAAUCUCGCUAUAAUAGAAAAACCACGAGUUUUAGUACCCUUCUGUCCGCGUUCCAGGCUAAUUGGACUCGCCCGUUGGUCACUUCCAUCUGCGUCUAUGUCAUUCUUAUGCUGUAUUCAACAAUAGUGUAUGUCUUGAAAGUUAUAAUUGGGAGCUCCAAUGUAAAACUGCAGUUUCUGAUGUGGGUUUUUGUCUCCGGUCUUGAAAUUUAUGUAAUGGCGGUUUUGGGGUUGGGAUUGGUGGUCUCGGUAUUGGAGAAGAGUUUUGGGUUGGAUGCAAUUGGAACUGGGUUUUGGUUGAUGGAAGGGAGGAGGGUCACUGGGUGGGUUUUGUCGGGGUUGUUCGCGGUGGUAACGGGUGGAAUUGGGUGGAGAAUGGAGGGUUUGGUGGAUGAGAGUACGGCGGAGGGAUGGGAGUGGGCGGCGCUGAUUGCCCUUUAUGCGGUGGUGGUGGUUUGCGGUUUUGUUGUAAGUACUGUUUUUUACUGUGAAUGUAGGAAACGACAUGUCGUAAGACUGGAGAAUGAGGAGGAAAUGCAGGCUGAGGAAAGUCAAGAGUCUUGAAUUUGGCUCUUGAUUCUGAUCAUUGUAAAUUAUUCUGUUCCCAAAACGACACAGCAUUCAAUUUUUUAAUGUUUUUUUGAGGGUAUUUUGUUGUUGUUGUUGUUGUGGUAGUAGGAAUAGGAAAUGAUAGGUAAAAGAUCAAAUUUCUUGAAAGCAAAAAAGGAGUUUAGGAUACAAAUUUUCAUGGGUUAAGACAGACUUACCCAAUUUUCUGUUAAAUCUAUUAUUCUCUUCUCCACUUUGGCUACCAAGUGGCUCUACGAUUUUGAAUAAUUUUCUCUUUAUUGAUAAUUAAAAUUUGUAUUCUGUCAAUUUUAUGUAGGAAAAAUGCAUAUUUGGUCCUUCCACUUUUA